UGAGCUACAUCCCCAUAUUUCUAUUUGUUUGUUUACUAUCUUCAGAAAUCAUAUAUUUAUACUCAAAAAUUCAGUACUUCAGCAGACCACAGCACAGUUGAUAAGUCUUUUCAUUUCCAGGAUCAUUUGGCCGGACCAGCACCACCACCUGCUGCAAUGCUGCGGAGAAUCAUAACUCGCUCUUCUCUAUCAAAACGAUGUCGUUUCCUCAUCAGUCAACCUUCCCCCGUUGACUCUUUCCGUCGAUGUUCUUCUUCAAUUGCCUCCUCUCACCUUCCGCCUUCAACUUCCGACCAACAACCGCCGGCAUCCUCUGACUUCACUUCUCAACCGCCCACCACAAUAUCCGUCGACCGGUCCGGAUUGAACAACCCCCCUGAGCAUUCUCAUGAACCGUCUUCAGAUUCAGAACUUGUUAAGCAUCUCAAAGCAUUAUUAAGGUUCCUUCCCUUUUCUUUCUUUAGAGGGGGUCCAAUAUCAGUUGCUGAAUACAUGGAGGAAGUCCUGAUAAAUCCAAAAGCUGGGUUUUAUAUCAAUCGGGAUGUUUUUGGUGCAGAAGGUGACUUUAUAACCUCCCCCGAAGUAAGCCAAAUGUUUGGAGAGAUGGUUGGUGUUUGGGCAAUGUGUUUGUGGGAGCAAAUGGGGCAACCUAAUGAGGUCAAUCUAGUCGAGCUUGGCCCUGGAAGAGGAACUCUCAUGGCCGAUCUCUUACGAGGUGGUUCAAAAUUUGAAAAGUUUACAACAUCCCUACACAUACACAUGAUUGAAGUGAGUCCAGCAUUAAAGAAUAUCCAAAAGACAACCUUGAAAUGCAAUAACGAGGAUGGCGCUGAUGAAAAUACUGCUACCACCUUGACUGGAACGCCUGUUUCGUGGCACUCGACCCUAGAUGAGGUUCCAACCGGAGUGCCAACAAUUAUUAUUGCUCAUGAAUUCUUUGAUGCUUUACCCGUUCAUCAAUUUCAGAAAGCUUCCCGUGGAUGGUGUGAAAAGAUGAUUGAUGUUGCUGAAGACUCAAAGUUCCGUGUCGUGCUCUCACCUCAGCCUACCCCAGCAACUCUCUAUCUUUUAAAGCGUUGCAAAUGGGCUCAGACUGAAGAGUUGAGUAAAUUAGAACAUAUAGAGGUUAGCCCCAAGACAAUGGAUCUGACACAAACUAUUGCUAAGAGAAUAGGUACUGAUGGUGGCGGGGCACUCAUUAUAGAUUAUGGCUUGGAUGGGAUUGUCUCUGACAGUCUUCAGGCAAUACGAAAACAUAAAUUUGUUAAUAUGUUGGAUGAUCCUGGUUCCGCUGAUUUAAGUGCGUAUGUUGACUUUCCUGCAAUUAGGCACUCCGCUGAGGAAGUUUCAGAAGAUGUGUCCGUGUACGGCCCCAUCACUCAGUCUCAGUUUCUUGGUAAUCUUGGAAUAAAUUUUCGUGUGGAAGCUUUACUACAAAACUGCACAGAGGAGCAAGCCGAAUCUCUGAGAACAGGGUACUGGCGGUUGGUAGGGGAGGGUGAAGCCCCAUUUUGGGAAGGUCCGGAUGAGCAGACACCUAUAGGAAUGGGUAGUCGCUAUCUGGCAAUGGCUAUUGUUAACAAGAAGCUAGGUACUCCCGUCCCUUUCCAAUAGGAUCAUGCCAUAAAAAGGCCAUUGGUAGUUACAGGCUGCUUAAAGCUAAUGCUCUAAGAACAUUAUGGUAGAUCAUAUAUUGGACUUUUCAUAUAUUGACUUAUAGGCGGUAGUGUACGGUUUAAACGUCUUUUAUGGAGUGCUGCAACAUGUACCAAAAUAGCUGAUUUAUAAGAGGCCCGAGUCGAUGGAUAUCAUAUAUAUCUUUUUUUCUUA